CCUUCUCCAUAGUGUAACAACAACAGGCCAACGCAUUGCCUGAAUUUCACGAGAUUUACAAUGUCAAAUGCCGAACCACAUGUAGAAGAUGAAGAGGAUGAAUACCUAUAUGGUGAAACAAUCGCGGAACGAAAAGAACAAACCACGCAGGACGCGCAGGCAGAGUCUUCUGCUGAACCCAUGAGCGAAGAAAGCGAUGAUUCGGAUAUCGAAUUCAUUAUUGAGACGAAACCGGGAGAACGAGCUGAACCUCCUGGUGGAACCUCGACCAUGUAUGGCGUAAGUAAGCCUGGCCUACGAAAGCCAGCAGAACGGCCAACAGUUGAAGUCAAGUCAAUGGAGCCUCAGGAUACAUCGGCAGCAGCGGAGACUGCACAACAAGUAGACAUUAAUCCAACAGCAAAAAUAGACGGAAAGAACAUCUUUGAAGUAGAUCUGGAGUCCUUGGAAGAUAAGCCAUGGCGAAAGCCUGGUGCUGACAUCUCUGACUAUUUCAAUUAUGGAUUUGAUGAAUUUACCUGGGCAGCUUAUUGUGCGAAACAAACAACUCUUCGUGAUGAUUUUAGCCCUCAAAAAUUUAUGGCAAGUCUCAUGGGAGGCGCUAUGCCUUCUGGUGACAUGCCUAAUGCCCCAGACUUCCAAGCUAUGAUGCCUGGCUUUCCCCCAUUUAUGCCAAUGCCACCUCCUCCUAUUGCUGCAGCAUCCCAAGAUGACCUGAAUUACUCACGUCCUCCUUUUCCCAUUCCCACUCCCACACCUCCCCUUGCCGGUAACGUAGAUUCUGCGUCGCAAAUGAAUAGUGGUGCAAACACACCUUCACAUGGAUACCAUGGUUCUAGUGGUGCACAUCCUUCCAAUUCACGAGAAAAUGAAAGUCCUGCCCGUUCACCCAAUCACUAUGGCAGGUUAGAAAGUAGCCAUGGUCCGUAUCAACAAAACUCCGGUGGUUAUGGAGGCAAUACCCCAAAUUCUAUGCAAUCAUCAUCUGGAGGUAACUAUGCCCCGAGUAGAGGUUCAUAUAGCGACCGCCCUCACAAUAGCAAUUACUCCGGGUCAUCUAGACGGCGACAAAUGUCGCCAGACAGAUAUGGUGGUUAUUCAAAUUCUAGAGGAAAUAGCGGCCGAUAUCGUCGAAACCGCUACAACUAAGAAUCAUCAAAUGUUAUCGUUCACACGAAACAGAAAUUCAUGUAGAGGAAUAACGACUUAUGGACUUUGGGAGGAAAUAGUAACGAUCCAUCGAUCGUAUGUACUAAUGAUUUUCUGGUUAUUGAAGUUAUUGAUAUUGAUACCUUUGUAAUGCUACUACUACACUUUUUGACCUCUCUUUUUCUAUUGAUUUGAGAACAUAUGCAUAAAAUCCGGAUAAUUUUAUUUCUUUUUAUGAUUUAUGUUCAAGAUGUCUUGAUUGUAAUAACUUAAAAAAACAUUAACAUAAGCAUCGUAAAACCAUAUCAUGCAAAGGGAAAAACUAAUAAUCUUGCGUCUCGUCAUCCAAUUCAUCUAAUACUUCAUGGGCAUGUUUUUUGGCACCUUCGGAAAUAUUGGGGUUAUGCAAAGUGGCUUUAUAUCCUCCGCGUACAUUGCCAAGAUUCUUACCCCGUGAAGACUCUUCUUGUGCGAAAUCACCGGUAUCGAGUGAGUCUUCGUCUUCAUAUCCUUCAUCGCCCAAAACGUUUUCAACUCCAUAGUCAUCUACGGGACCAGACGCGCGAGUUGCAUAGCCAGAUGUUCUUUCGGUUCCAAAAUCUUCAUCUUCAAGGCCAACAGAACUUUCGUCUAAGUCCUCCUCAUUGUACAGAUUUGAAACUCUGGGAUCAUCACGAGCGGACUUUCCGUAGAAACCACCGUAGCCAGAACUCUUCUUAGAAAAUUGACCUGCCAUUGUAAAACUUUAAAAUCGUUUUAGAUGCGAAACCGUUGAAUAAAAUUAACUGGAUUGUAUCAUGAACUUUUCAGUAUGGGAGGAUAUAUAUAUUGUCUUUUUCCAAGGCAUGUUUCAUUUUACAUCACUUCCAUCCAGAUUAUGACAAGGAAUUCGCAAUACGAAGAUGAAUUCAUUUCAUUUCCUACAUUAACUACGUAUAUACGUAAGAAAACGAUUCACUCGUCUUUUACUUACGAAAGUUCGUCUCUUGGCAAUUUACUAUGAAACCAUGGUGGCAAUUGUGUUACUAAAUUUUAGACGUAAAGUAAUUAAACAUGACGGGAAGGCUAAAAAGUAAAAUAUUCGAAGGAUGAUGACUUUCAAGAUUUCCAGAAUUCUCAAGAAGCAAAAACCUGCUCACGAAACAUUCGAUAGCUAACAAUUCUUGUUGACAUAACUUGUGAGGCUUAUAGAUGAAAAUAGCAAAUUCAAACAUCAAUAGCAACUGAAGUCAUUUUCUGUUAAACGUGAGAAUAAUUAAUCUUAGUUUAAGCUAAAUUACUGUUGAAGAUGACUCAUAUGUUGAUAGCGAUUACAAGCAAGACUUGCUUCUAGAAGACUGAAACACAGGUACAUCAAGAGAAUUGAGUAGAAUAUUCAACUCUACUUUUUUCCUUUUUUUUUUUACAUAAUUUCACUAUUAUCCGUGCUGAGGUUG